AUGCUAGAGAUCGAAGACUAUACAAUAGGUUGGAUAUGUGCCUUACCACUGGAACUAACGGCCGCUAUCGCUGUCCUCGAUAAACGACAUGAAACACCUGAGAGUAGGCAGGAGAACCACGACGAUAACACUUACAUAUGCGGUUGUAUUGGUAAACACAAUAUCGUUAUUACCUGUCUUCCUUCCGGGGUUUAUGGGGUGACAUCCGCAUCGAAUGUGGUUACCAAGAUGCGAGCUUCUUUCCCGUCUGUCAAAAUCGGCCUAAUGGUCGGAAUUGGCGGAGGCGCUCCAAUGCUGCCGCAAAACGAUAUUAGACUUGGAGAUGUAGUUGUGAGCGAACCCGUAGCUGGGUUUGGGGGGGUAUUACAAUACGACUUCGGAAAAACAGUUCAGUCCGGCAAGUUCGUUCAGCAUGGAGUUCUAAAUAAACCACCAGGUGUUUUUCUCAAAACAAUAUCAAAAAUGAAAUCAGAAUACAUAAGCGGCCGUGCAUACGAGUUUAACGAUAUCGCUACGGCCAUUCUGGAAAACGGCAUUCUUCCAGAAGAGUUCAGGCGUCCACCAAAUAGCAGCGAUAGACUUUUUCAAUCAAAUUACGACCACCCAGAGGAGAAUAGAUCUUGCGAUGACUGUGAUACAACUCUUCUCGUUGAGCGAGAGCCUCGAGCCCGAAAUGAAGCGCGCUUGCAUUAUGGGCUGAUCGCCUCCGGAAACAAAGUGAUGAAGCAUGGCCUUACUAGGGAUAAACUUUCCCAAGAAAAGGGUGUACUAUGUUUCGAGAUGGAAGCAGCUGGCCUAAUGGAUGAACUACCGUCGCUAGUAAUCCGUGGAAUCUGCGAUUACUGUGACAGUCACAAGAAUAAGAGGUGGCAGAAUCAUGCUGCGUUAGUUGCUGCUGCUUUUGCAAGAGAGCUAUUGUUUCAAUUGCCACUCCAAGGCAGCCCUCGAAGACCUAUUCCAAGCGAAGAGGAGAAUUUUAACGUACCAGGUCUGCAGACGGCGAAGGGAGCGUCGUUUGGAGACUAUGACGAUCAAUACGAACCAGAAUGUCUACCCGGGACGAGAGUUGAACUCCUAAAACGCAUCGAAAACUGGGCGAAUGAUGUAGAAGGGAAAAAAGUGUUCUGGAUGUACGGAAUGGCCGGUACAGGCAAAUCGACUAUAUCCAGAACGGUGGCUAGGUCGCUACAAACGAAUGACCGACUCGGUGGGAGCUUCUUCUUCAAAAGGGGCGAGGCUAGUCGAAGCACAGGUCUACUAUUUGUAGUAACUCUCGCGGCACAGCUAGCCAGGACUCUUCGUGGUACUAUGGCCUUAAGCAUUCGGGCUGCUCUAAAAGCGGAACCGGGUAUUCCCAGCAGGUCCAUAGAAGAGCAGUUUAGAAAAUUGAUUUUUGGACCUUUGGCGGAGUUUAAAGCUCUCAAUACUCAUGAUACUGGGGUUGGGACAUCACAGUCUGGUCUACGGAACAGCAUCAAAACUAUCAAACACACUAGAGUUAUGGUAGUAGACGCACUUGACGAAUGUGAGAAAAGAGGCGACGUUCAGGUUAUCAUUCAGCAACUUGCAAGGUUAAAGGACCUUACCGAAGUCGACAUACGAGUCUUUCUCACUAGUAGACCCGACCUCCCAAUCAUCCCGACCUUCCAGAAAUUAGAGGAAGAUACAUACGAGGAUCUAGUCCUACACAAAGUCCCCGAUAUCGAGGAUGAUCUUUCGCUGUAUCUAAAGACCGAGAUGUCGCGGAUAGCUGGGGAGCGCCAUCUACCAGAGGACUGGCCCGGCGCCGCCAUCAUCGACAAGCUAGUCAAAAUGGCUACGCCUCUAUUUAUCUACGCCGCAACAAUCUGUCGAUUUGUUGGAGAUUAA